CAUUAAUAAACACAUGGAGCGUGGGUAGCAACGUCGAUGAUAGAUUGCAACUAAAUUUUAUUAGAAUUUGGUUAACAUGACGUUCUGGUAUCGCUGACAUCGGAUGUGUUUUCCUUCUUAACUCAAUAUUUUCAUCGUUAAAUAGCACAUAAAAAAUUAUUGCAAAGUGCUGAUGGCUAAUCAUUACGAAGUGCCCAAUUGGUUAUGUUUUUCAGGGCUGGGAAGCCACCAGUGGGAUUGCAUUUAGACGUAUUAAAAAAUGAUAAAUUAAUUCAGAAAUUAAUGGUGGAUGAAAAGAAAUGCUAUUUGUUUGGCCGCAAUCAACAAUUAAAUGACUUUUGUAUAGAUCACGCAUCUUGUUCUCGUGUUCAUGCUGCCCUUGUUUAUCAUAAACAUCUAAAUCGUGCAUUUCUUGUCGAUUUGGGCAGCACACACGGAACUUUUAUUGGUAAUAUGAGAUUGGAAGCUCACAAACCUACACAGUUACCGAUCGAUAGUACAUUUCAUUUUGGAGCUUCUACUCGUUAUUAUAUCAUUAGGGAAAGACCACAAACAGGCACAAGACCUAUUAUCGAGGAAUUAGAAAAACUGUCUGAAGAUAUAGAUGCCGGUGGUUUAUUAGGUUUACCAGAAACAGAGACAGAACUUGAUAAUUUAACAGAAUUUAAUACCGCGCAUAAUAGACGUAUAUCUAUGCUGGGUAUAACGGACGAUGAGAUACACAAACAAACGAGAAAACGAAAGAAAAAGGGGAUUACUUUCAACGAUGACGAGGAAGUAAUAAACCCGGAAGAUGUCGACCCGUCGGUCGGAAGAUUUCGUAAUCUUGUACAAACAACCGUCGUUCCCAGUAAAAGAAUGCGUAUGGAAGGCGGAUUGAUAUCUUUGUCAGAGGAUCACAACCCUUUGAAGCACCUUCAACCUACAUCGACUGCGCCUCAGUUGUAUCAAGAUCUACCACCGGAACAGUUUACUCCGUCGUCGUUGUCUCUUAAUCCAUUCUCUAGUGCGUUGUCUUCGUUAACGUCGCGGCUUGGUAUCGCGUUACCAAAUCCAGCGCCCGAGGUAGAGAUGGCGCCUAAUCAAAUACCGACGGAAACGCCCCACGUACCGGAAAUACCAGGACCUACCGAAACACGAACUAUGGAACCAAAAAAGAAAAAAUAUGCCAAAGAAGCUUGGCCUGGGAAAAAGCCUAUACCAACGCUUUUGGUGUAAUAGUAU